CCCACGAGAUGGUCGCUGCUGCUGCUGCUGCUGCUGUUGCGUCGUAGCGCUUGGGAGCCAUCAGCUAAGCGCCUUUCUGGCCAGAUUCCUUUUGACGCGUGACUUUUUGCCCGCACCCCCCCCCGUCGUCCCCGUGGCAAGAUUUUUGUCCCUCUUCUCUGCGGGAACGCCGAUGCGCGUGUGUCUCGGCCUUUGGACCUUCCCUUCGCCGGCCUCAGGGCGACCCCCCUCGCGGUCCUUUCUCAAACAGGGGAGGGGAGCAGGGGAGGCAAGAAGGACGGAGCCGCAGGAGAGCCCGGCGCACUUCGCCCGUUUGGCAGGGGGGAGCCGGCCAGAAAAGGGACGGGGAGCGGCCCGAGGCAUGGGAAGGCUCGCCUUUUGGUUUUGAGCGGCGGCGAUCGGGAGGGCCGUUCCUUGCCAGAGGGGGGGGGGACCUUCUCCUCUUGCUUGGCGAUCUUCGCAUCGAUUUGCUCUGCAUUUUUGCGGAAGGGAUUUUACUUUCUCGACGGGGUAAAAAAAUGCAGGCCCGUUAUUCCGUGUCGGACCCCAACGCCUUGGGAAUGGUACCCUACUUGAGCGAGCAGAACUACUACCGGACGGCGGGGACUUACGGCAGCAUGGCCGGCUCCAUGGGCGUCUACUCGGGCCACCCGGACCAGUAUGGGGCCGGCAUGGGCCGCUCCUACGGGCCCUACCACCCUCACCAGCCCACGGCCCCGAAGGACCUGGUGAAGCCGCCCUACAGCUACAUCGCCUUGAUCACCAUGGCCAUCCAGAACGCGCCGGAGAAGAAGAUCACCCUCAACGGGAUCUACCAGUUCAUCAUGGACCGCUUCCCUUUCUACCGGGAGAACAAGCAGGGCUGGCAGAACUCCAUCCGCCACAACCUCUCGCUCAACGAGUGCUUCGUCAAGGUGCCCCGCGACGACAAGAAGCCCGGCAAAGGCAGCUACUGGACCCUCGACCCGGAUUCCUACAACAUGUUCGAGAACGGGAGCUUCCUGCGCCGUCGGAGGCGCUUCAAGAAGAAAGACGCUUCCAAGGAGAAGGAGGAGAGCGCCCGGGAGAGGUACCUCAAGGAGGCCCCCAAGGCCGCCGAGCUCUCCAAGGACGCGCCGUCCAGCAACCCCGCCGGGACCUCUUCUUCUUCCUCCUCUUCUUCCUCCUCCUCUUCCUCCACCUCCUCCUCUUCCUCCACCUCGUCCUCGGGCGCGGCGCCUUCUUCGGCGGCCGCCCCGUCGGAGAAGAAGGUGGUCAUCAAGAGCGAGGCCUCUUCCCCGGACCUGCCCAUCAUCACCAAGGUGGAGACGCUCAGCCCGGAGAGCGGCAGCGCCCUGCAGGACAGCCCUCGGAGCGUGGGCUCCACCCCGUCGGGGUCCACGGAGAACUCGCUGCCGGGCGACGGGCAUCACCCUCACCACCACCCUCACCAUCCCCUCCACCCCGCGCAUCACCACCACCACCCGGCCUCGGGCGGCGGCAACAGCAACGGCCUCUCCGGGUUCAGCGUGGAGAACAUCAUGACGCUGCGGACUUCGCCGGCCGGCGAGCUCAGCCCGGUCAGCCGGGCGGCGGCCGGCCUGGCCUCCUCCUCGUUGCCCCUGGGCUACGCCGAGGCGCAAGCCCCGGCCAUCUACAGCCAGGCUUGCAGCCAAGGCGGCUUAGGGGACGGCGGGGCCAGCUACCAGUGCAGCAUGCGAGCCAUGAGCCUCUACACGGGCGAGAGGAACGCCCACAUGUGCGUCUCCACCACCCUGGAGGAAGCCACGGCCUCCAUCUCGGAGCAGCAGCAGCAGCAGCAGCAAGCCAACGGCGCCUCCUCCUCCUCCUCGCCCUUGGCCACCAUGAACUUGGCCCCCGGGCCGCAGCAAGAGGGCGCGCUCACCCCCAGCCACCACCACCACCACCACCAUCAUCACCAUCACCCCCACCCGCCUCUGCCUCACCACCAAGCCGGUGGGCAAGCCACCGCCGCCGCCGCGGCCGCCGCUGCCUCGUGGUACCUGAACCACACCUCACCUGAGAUCAACCCUCACCUGCCGGGCCACGCCUUCGGCGCUCAGCAGCAGAAUUUCUCCAACGUCCGGGAAAUGUUCAACACCCACCGGCUGGGCAUCGAGACCUCCGCGGCGGCCCUGGGCGAGCAACAGGUGAGCAGUAACUCCACCUGCCAGAUCCCUUACCGAGCCGCGCCCUCUAUAUACCGGCACACGACCACCCCUUAUUCCUACGACUGUACUAAGUAUUGACCUGCACCUCUUAAGACAGACAGAUAAGACAGACAGACACACACACGGAAAGGGGGGCUUUUAGCCGAAUACUUUAUUUUGCCCCGGAGGGAUCUCGCUUUGAGUUUUUUUCUCUCCCUCUCCCUCUGUGCCUGUAUAUUAUUGUUUAUUCAGCCGCUUCUCACUCAAACAAACAAACAGACUCGGGCAAAAGGGAUAGCGGGUUUUCGGACACCACGUUUUCAUCCUGUCCCCGCUCUUCUUGCCCUUCAAGUUAAUUUUUACUUGAAACAAGCAAGCAAAACGACACAGAAGAAGAAGGCGGGGGUGGGGUGGGGGCUUAUUUAAAAACAAAACAGAAAAGCAAACUAAAAAUGGCUAGAUUUUUUAGCGAAGACAGUGGCAAGACGUCUAAAGGUCUGGGCGAGGACGGUUUCAGACGAGGCUAAAGUUAGGGUGGAUCGCCGACUUCCACCAUGACCAUUUAUAGGAAUUUUUUUUUGAAAUGGGAGGAAAAUUAUAAAUACGCUAUAUAAAAAUAUAUGUUCUGAUGUUGGGAUUUGUUUUUAGUGUGGGGGGGCGGGUGAUGAUUGUUUCAAUUCAUUGCCUUGUAAAUAUGUGUGGAUUUCGAAU